AUGUCUCACAGUGCUACCUCACGAUCAUUCAAUACAUUUCAUCGAUCAUUCGAUAGUAAUGGAUAUAGUCUUUUUGAUAUAGAAGAGAAAAAACCACCAUCCAAGUUGCCCAUCGUUGAGAUUGUUGCCGAGCCAUUUGUUCCAGGGGCUACAAACAUGGACCUCACCAGAGUAAUUAACUAUUUCGAAAUGAACAAGGAGUACAUUUACAAAACCAAUGAAGAACACCGUGAUAUCGAGGUAAUAUCAUUACAUGACCAGCAACUAAACGGACAGCAAGUUAUUAGAUGGGAUGGAACUCUUACAAAAUCAACUUACCUCUACGAAUUUCAAGUAACCGGUCUGCACAAAAGUGCAACAUACGCCGUAGGCCUUCGUUUUAAUUCUGAUCCCCAUUAUUUUUAUGACUACGACACAGACGAGAAGUUACUUGUCCCUUGUAUUCCUGAGCCUAAAAAAACGAGCACCAUGGAAAUUCGACAAGGAUAUAUGAUGGGAGAGAUGUUGAUGAAAAACAACAUCGACUUCAACGGGAUCCAGUUCUCAGGAUGUUUUUCUGCAAUGGCGACCAGAAAAGGAGACAAUGUGAUCCUGAUGAACCAACAUCGCAUGUGGACACCAGUCCUCUCCAUCUACAUUCUCAAUCAGAUGGGAAAGAUUAUCCUUCUCAACGAAUAUCAGUUCCCAAAUCUCUCCUUCGUUUCUCGGAACCCAACAGAGUACUAUCAAUUCAAAGAGCUUCCACCGAUUAGCAAAGAGUCCGAGAAGAUCAUAAAUGAGAUUGAUUGGAAAAGAGAAGAAGAUAUUGAAAGACGUAACAGACUCUCACGAAGCUUCAACCAUCUCAACUUGCCAGUUCCACCUGAGGUACAUGACUAUAAGAAAGAAGAGAAAAUAGCCGAAAGAAGAGCCAAGUACCGUAUGGGCCUGGUCAACGCGAUCCGCACUGAGCAGCAAUCGUUUUACGGAAGAUAUUCGAAUGAUAAAGUUCAAGAGGGAAUGGACCAGGAGGAAUUGCAAUAA